ACCUAUCUCAAUAAAGUCUAUGAUUGGUUCGAAGAACGUCUUGAGAUUCAGGCGAUUGCCGAUGAUAUAACUAGUAAAUAUGUCCCUCCUCAUGUCAACAUAUUCUAUUGUUUAGGAGGAAUUACACUUCCUUGCUUUUUAGUCCAAGUAGCAACGGGGUUUGCUAUGACCUUUUAUUAUCGUCCGACCGUUACUGAGGCUUUUGCUUCGGUUCAAUAUAUAAUGACUGAGGCUAACUUUGGUUGGUUAAUCCGAUCUGUUCAUCGAUGGUCGGCAAGUGUGAUGGUUUUAAUGAUGAUCCUGCACGUAUUUCGUGUGUAUCUUACCGGCGGUUUUAAAAAACCUCGUGAAUUGACGUGGGUUACGGGCGUUGUUUUGGCUGUAUUGACCGCAUCUUUUGGUGUAACUGGUUAUUCCUUACCUUGGGACCACAUUGGUUAUUGGGCAGUCAAAAUUGUAACAGGAGUACCCGAAGCUAUUCCCGGAAUAGGAUCGUCUGUCGUGGAAUUAUUAAGGGGAAGUGCUAGUGUAGGACAAUCUACCUUGACUUGUUUUUAUAGUUUACAUACUUUUGUAUUACCUCUUCUUACUGCUGUAUUUAUGUUAAUGCACUUUCCAAUGAUACGUAAGCAAGGAUGGAUCAAUAAGAAUUCACCUAUCCCAAUAACAAAAAAACCUGACUUGAAUGAUCCUGUAUUAAGAGCGAAAUUGGCUAAAGGAAUGGGUCAUAAUUAUUAUGGAGAACCCGCAUGGCCAAACGAUCUUUUAUAUAUUUUUCCCGUAGUUAUUCUAGGUACUAUUGCUUGUAACGUAGGUUUAGCAGUUUUAGAACCAUCAAUGAUUGGGGAACCCGCGGAUCCAUUUGCAACUCCUUUGGAAAUAUUGCCGGAAUGGUAUUUCUUUCCUGUAUUUCAAAUACUUCGUACAGUGCCCAAUAAGUUAUUGGGCGUUCUUUUAAUGGUUUCGGUACCCGCGGGAUUAUUAACAGUACCCUUUUUGGAGAAUGUUAAUAAAUUCCAAAACCCAUUUCGUCGUCCAGUAUCAACAACCAUCUUUUUGAUUGGUACUGCAGUAGCCCUUUGGUUGGGUGUUGGAGCAACAUUACCUAUUGAGAAAUCCCUAACUUUAGGUCUCUUUUAAAUUGAUUCACUUGUGAAUUAAAAUCUCAUAUAUAUUGGGUAUCUAGGGAGAAUUCACUUUGAAAGGACUACUCCCUAGAUACAUCUUUGAACCUACUCUCAGUAUGUAGAUUUUUUCUAAAUUUUUCUAAAGAUAAAGAUUCAAACUCCAUAUUUUCAUCUUUUUUUUUCUUUCUUUUU